UGAUCACACAAAAACCCUCUUUCUCUCCAUAAAAGCUUCUCCCCAAAAUCCCUUUCUCUUUCCUGCCCUAAUUUCUUAUCCUCCGCUCCUCUGAAGCCUCUAAACUACCCCGCAAAUGCCCGUGGAAUGUGUAAGUUCCACUUCGGCCUCCAGGAUUUAGAGAAGAACAAGAAACUAGGUAGUGAAUAGUGUCGUGAGGAAUUUCUAUGGACAUCAGAACGACAAUGGUACAAGAUCAGAAAGUUAUAGAUGCCUUGCAGGCAAUGAGGGAAAUGGACAUUCCGGAUGAAACAACACACAGAAAUCUGCAGAAACUUUUGAAGUUGUCUAAAAAUAAUUGGGCACUUAUAGAACAAGAUAACUUCAGCAGAUUGGCAGAUUAUAUAUUCGAGUCCGAAGAACAUAAGGAACAAGGUGCAGAGAAGGUGGAAGAAGUGGAUCUUAGAGCUCCUCUAAAAGAACUGCAUCCGAGACAUGAUUGGGAAGCUUCACCUUCUGCUGCAUUUUCUGGUCUACCACCACUAAAAGAACAAAAAUUGCAGAAGCAUUUAGGUGAUAUUUCCAGUGACGCUACUUCAAAGCCUUCACCUCGAAGUUAUAUAAAUGGAGAAAGAACAGAACAUUCUCAGAACCAUUGCAAGGAAAAACAGAAUCAGUCUGUUUCAUCACCUCGAACUUGUUACCAUCAGGACUUUGAAGAGUUAUAUCAUCCAAGUUGUAGACAAACUGUCUCUGUUUCAAGAGAGAAAAAAUCAGAGGCAAAAAGAUCAUCUGAUAUGUAUCUUACUAAUGAGAAACCUACUGGUGUUCUCAAUUCCAUGAAUGUGCAACCCAUUGUAGCCUCUGCCCAGUUCGAGGUUCCUCUUUCAGUGAUCCACCCGAGCGACUCUGCUCCAGUUAGAACUGAAGGUCUUCCAAUCCCAAAUGAUUUUAUGGGCACACAAACCUUGUUGGAAUACAGGAUGCCUUGUAAUAAUUCCGAAGAGAAAUGCGAAGAUGAUGGCAUUUCGGACCAGCAGACAUGCUCCACGGCAUCACUGGAGCAUACAAACAAUCCAGAGUCUCAUUCUUCUAGUUUUGAGAUUGCUUCAUCAGAAAUUGGACAAGUUAAAAUCUCUCUGCAGUUUAACUAUGCCCAUGAACGUCCAGACUUCCGUGUGCCAAAUCUAGAUGCACUUUUCAAGAUGGUGGAAGACAAAUGCAUCAAGUCCUACAAAAUUGUUAACCCCGACUUUUCUAUAAAGAAGCUGAUGCAAGACUUUUGCCAAUCCUAUCUUGAUGCGGCAACUGAGAGAAAAAUAGGCAAGGGAAAAGCACUUGUAAAUGGGACACCACCCCUUGAUGUGUUGAAGAAAUCUUCUGUGCUGCCUAAGGCCAACCAUGUGUUCAAACUCACUAUUCUAGAAAGUUCUGUGAAAAGCUCAUUGAAUUCUCGGGCCCAAAUUCCCCGCCCUAUUUCAACAGAUGGUCUUGGUCUCCCUACUCAAAUUAUUCAGCCAAAAGGGAAAUUGCUUCUGACGACUAAAGGUGAGAAGGAUGAGGAAGACAUUUUCAGUGGCUCAAAACCUUCAAGUUCAGAAAGUUCCAUGGUUCUUGACCAGAGUGAAGGUACCCUUGAUGGGACAAAUCCAUUAGGUUUGGUGGUUCAUAACCAGAGUAAAUGUACCCUUGAUGGUUCGAAUUCAUUCCAUAAGGUGGCAGACAUAUCAAAAGGGCAAGAAAGAUAUAAAAUUACAGUAGCAAACGAAGUCUGUACUGAACUUCUCCCUCCUUCCUUUCAUUACAUACCCCGAAACUUGGUGUAUCAGAAUGCUUAUAUCCAGUUUCCACUUGCUCGUAUUGGGGAUGAAAAUUGCUGCUCAAGUUGCGAUGGUGAUUGUUUGUCCUCGCCAGUUCCUUGUGCAUGUGCAGGUGAAACUGGUGGUGAAUUUGGAUAUACAGUUGAAGGACUUGUUAAAAAGGAGUUUCUGGAUGAGUGCAUGUCACUGUGUCGCGAUCCUAAAAAACACAGCUUUGUUUAUUGCAAAGAGUGUCCCCUUGAAAGAUCUAAUGAUGCGGAUCUCCCUGAUAAAUGCAAGGGGCACUUAGUGAGGAAGUUCAUCAAGGAGUGCUGGAGUAAAUGCGGAUGCCACAUACAAUGUGGUAACCGUGUGGUGCAAAGAGGUAUAUCGCGCGAAUUACAGGUAUUUUUUACAAGAGAGGGGAAGGGAUGGGGCAUUCGUGCUCUUCACAAAUUGCCUAGAGGUGCUUUUGUUUGUGAGUAUGUUGGUGAAGUAUUGACAAACACUGAGCUAUAUGAGCGGAAUGUGCGGAAUACUGGUAACGAGAGACACACAUAUCCAGUGCUAUUAGAUGCUGAUUGGGGUUCAGAAGCCGUGUUGAAGGAUGACGAGCUCCUCUGUUUAGAUGCAACAUAUUAUGGAAAUGUUGCAAGGUUUGUUAACCACAGGUGUUUCGAUGCAAAUCUGAUCGACAUCCCCAUCGAGAUCGAGUCCCCAGAUCAUCACUACUAUCAUAUUGCUUUUUUCACAUCACGAGAAGUGGCGGCAAUGGAGGAACUCACUUGGGACUAUGGAAUUGAUUUUCUAGACCACAAUCAUCCUAUCAAGGCAUUUCAGUGCCUCUGUGGAAGUAAAGGCUGCCGAGAUAUACAACACAGCACAAACAGCGCAAGUAGAUCGAAUCGUCAUGUUUUGAGUCGAUGAAGCGUAACUCUGUUGGAAGGACAGUAGCCUGUUAUUUUGAAGUUGAUUUUGAGGGGGUAUAUUGUACAGGGGUACAUGAAAUGUGUAUACAGGUCCCUUAUUUUUGUAGCGGAUAUUGGUAGAUGCAACAAUUCCUCACAAUGUUGCAAUUAGAUGUAAACACGCUAUUUUGUUUUUGUUUCUGUUUUUAGAUUCAAAACA